AUGGUGGGAUCUGCUACACCUGGUGUUCCACCUGUAGUUACACCAGUUACUCCUACCACUCCUGGUAGCAGUACAAAUGUGGAGGCAGGUGAUCCUGUUAGUGCAGAAGUGGAUAAGCAUCUAAAACAUUUCCAGAGUUUGAAACCUCCAUUGUUUAAGGGAGGAGUUGAUGCUAGAAGUGCUGAAGACUGGAUUAUCAGAAUAGAGAAAGUUUUAAAUGGAAUGAGAUGUCCUGAAAAUAGACGUGUAUCUCUAGCAAUCUUUAUGCUAGAAGGUGAAGCAGAAAGGUGGUGGAGGGGACAACAGCUGGAGAAAUUUAGAGGUAAAUCUGAGGAGCAAAUUAUGUGGGAGGAAUUCGAGCAAGUUUUCAGGGAUUGGUAUGUUCCUCCAUCAGCAAGACAAGCAAUGCUAGAGAGUUUUGUAAAUCUAAAGCAAGGAGCAAAAACUGUCAUUCAGUAUGAAGCAGAAUUCACAGCUCUGUCAAGGUAUGCUCCUCAGCUUAUAAGUACUUCUGAGGAAAAGUGUUACAGAUUUUUAAAAGGAUUGAGAGACUCAUUGAGACAACCAUUAAUUCCUCUUCGUAUAAAAGAUUUUGCUGAAUUAGUGGAAAGUGCUAGAUUGCUAGAAAAUGAUAUAGAAGUGAUGAAACAGAAAUGGGAAACUAAAGAUAGAAAGAGACAAUUUGAUCAUAGAGUUGGAUCAUCCAAAAAACAGAAGUUCAAUCAGAAUCAACCACAACAGUCUAUGAGAUUACCUAUACUACCAGUUUGCACAACCUGUGGAAAAUCUCAUCCAGGGAGAUGCCUGAUGAAUUCAGGAAAGUGCUAUUUGUGUGGAGAACCAAGUCAUAUUAAGAGGAACUGUCCAAGGAAUGGUCAAAGAGUCACAGAAAUUAGAAGCAAUCAAAGGACAGAUCAGUACAGAGUUGCGAGACCACAGAUGCAUCAACCUGUUUUGAAGAUUAAAGGAGAAACCUCAAGUGAAGCAGUCAAAUCAGCACCAACUAGA